ACAGUUUCGACGAUUCGUUUCAAAACUUCUGGAGCUCUCGUCGUUAUUUGCAAUUUACUUAAGAGGUCAAACGAAUAAGGCUGUUUUGUAAACAGUGCAGACUGUUCGUGACAUCGCCCAAGAUUAAAGCAAGAGGCUUUUUAGACGGCAUGCGGUCUUCUGCCGGUGCAGGUGGCGUCGUGUCGUCGUAAACAGCUUGGGAAGUCGAGCGUUACGGGUCUGAGCCGCAAGACCGGAAUUCCAUAGAUCUCCCUUCACUACAAGUUACGAAACGCCCGAAGGGAAGUUGAACAAUGCAGCACCCUUGAAAGUCGUUUAUUGGCUUCACAUAGGAAAAUUUUUGCCGUAGUAUAUUGGGUCACCGAAUUGUACAAGUCAUUUCAAAACGUGACGCAUUUUGCUUCUCGCAAUCCAGUCGUCAAUUUUAGUUUAUAUUUCUACUCGCUUCGUGUCGUCUCGUGUCACUGAGCGUCGGCAAAUCGGACUUUGUGUGGCGUGAGAAAAUGAAUAAUAGUAUUCUAGGGAAUGGAAGUCAGCGAUCAGAGUUGGUAAUAUUUGUGUCCAAAGGAAAACGGUAUGGACCUAUAAUGGCUUCUGUUCCUGCGAACAAGGAAAAUGUCUCUCCUGAGAAAGACAUGGACUGUUUGUCAGACAGUUUUCAAAAGAGUCUCGCUUUGAAUCACGUCGAGAAAGAUGGGCGCUAUUUCCUCGAUUUAAUGGAUAGGGAAAGCGAACGAUUAACAAAGCUUUGUCAAGCUACAGAGCAAGAGAUGGCGAGUAAAUCACUACCAGAAGAUGCUUGUGGGAAAAUGCGGGCAGCCACUGGAAAAGCCAAGCUCUUGGUAAACAAAAAGUUUAAACAAUUCAAAGGACUAUGUGAUACAAAUUUGGGCAUGGGUGAAACAAAUGGUAGAAGACCAACAAAUGGAGACCUUGCAGGAUUCUGGGAUAUGGUCAUGAUUCAGGUCGAUGAUGUAAAUAGCAUGUUUUCAAGCAUAGAUGAAUUACGUAAAAAUGGUUGGAUACAAACGCAGCCUCCUCCAGAUGAGACCGAUUUUUCUAAACGAUCAUCAUUAACCCGUCAGUCGUCGCUUUCAAGGCAGUCAUCUCUGGGCAAAGGCUCAAUAAGACGGCAAAAAUCAAAAGAAGAAGUAAAAGCUACUGAGGCUGAACAAAGAGCGGCUGCAAGAAAAAGAUUAGCUGCAGCAAAACGGACAGCAAGACAGAAAAUGCUGCAGAAAAACAAAUCUUUGGAUGAUGUUGAGAUAUUUUGUUCCCCGAAAAAGUAAAGCUGUGGACCAUUGCUUAAAGAGUAUAGUUUGAAGAAGCAUAUUUAUGGAAGAAUUUUUAAAUUGAAGUUAGAAGCUAGUAAGCUAUUAUUAUUCAAGGAUGUUUUCAAUUGCCCAAAAUAAAUAAUAUUAAAAUUCAAGAUAAAUCUAACAAUUAAAUUGUAAAGCUUUCAGUCUAUCACACAGGAAGUUAACUUAUUUUCAUUGUUUAUCAUCUCCAGACUUCAAAACUGACAUGUUUAGGUUGAAGGGCUAUUAAAAAAGGGCUGAAAACUGUUAUUCCAGCUAUUUAAAUAUAAGAAACUCUUCGCAUGUGAACACCCUGCCAUAUUUGUUGUAAUAAGUGACAUUUUGUAGAAGUAAGUGCUCUUUGGCAGCCAGUCCUUCAAGCCAUUCGAUUAUUGUUUUGUUUACGAUAACUGAAGAUAUCUUAUGGAACUUUAAACUGAAAGAAGGCUUUUAGAGUGAUUUUACCUAAACAAACAAUACAAAACAAAAGAUGUAGUAAGGCUGGGCACAUGUGUAGCACAAGUGCAAGCAUAAGUGUGCGCGAAACAUCAUAACUGGGACGCAUGUAUUAAUGGAAGUACAAGGAAUAGAAAAGUUUCAUUCUUUUAUGUCUGCAUAUUUGAAACUGCGACCAUUCUCUUAGGCUAUACUUGUUUGCUUGCACUUGCAAUGCCUGCAUAAACCAAGCCUUAGGAAGUAACAUUGUGCUUUACUCUGGGAUCUGUUUCAGAGGAAAUUAAUCAGUAAAAUCACUCUAAUUGAGUUCAUAAUUAUUGUAAAUAUCAUUGAAUUUGGGUUGAAAAUAUGCUGCUUCUAAUAACAGUUUUAGGUUAAAUUUAAUAAGUAUGAAAUUAUAUGUAUUACUAUUAACCGAAAACAACUGUAAAUUUGCUAUUUAUUUUUUGCUGUAGUUGGUGGAGAAAUGAAAGAAAUUUUUCUUGUGGUGUUGAAGUGUUUUGACUCUAAGUCAAAGUUUGUCCUCAAUAUCAUUUUAUCAUACAGCUUGUAUUUGUAAGGAUGUCUUUGUGCAUAGAAUGCUCAACUUGCUGUGAGCAUAUUUUAUUAGAUGAAAAAAGAAAAGUGUAAGCAAAGGAAUAAGAGGUAUUACUGUAUUUACUUGAAAAAGGGCCACAGUCUUUAUAAUUUUUUUUUUAAUUUUUGAUGCAGCGCUUUUUCAAUGCGGCGCUUGCUCAGUGGCAUGCUUAUUCAAGGUUGGUGCAUUUUAAAAACUAUAGCAACAACAAUCAAAACUAAGUUUAUGAAAGUGGUAUUCAAGUACCUACAUAUGGGCACAAGUGCCUUCAAAUAAGCUUUGCUCUAGAACCAAAGUAAUUCAAAUAAAGGCUGUAUUGUUGUUCCUGGUAUGGCACUUAUUCAAGGGCAUUGCGCACUGAUCUUUUUGCCGUCAUGUGCAGGACUCAUUCGAGGGCGGCUCUUAAUUAAGGCCAGUACUUUCUCAUUCAAGUAAAUUCACUAAUCAUUUGACAGAGGUGCCAUUUUAGAUAAUAUUUUAUAGAUUAAACGAUUUGUAAAUGCUUAAGGGUGUUAGUACCAACAGAAGAGUUUUCAAUGCAAGGCUUAUGAAAGCUCAAUGGGUGUUCUUAACAGUUGUUUUGAAGUUAUUUCUUGUACAUAAAGUAACAAAAAGAUUUACAGAGUUUAGUGAGAAAGAUCUCCCUUCACCCCCACUCCACCCCACCACUUGCCAAAACAAACUGCCAAGCAGUUCCUUUCUGUGGAUUUUGUUCUCAAGAAAUACUGACUAUUUAAGGAGAAUUUGAAAACUGUGCUUAAAAUUUUUGUCGCCCAUUAGUCAUUAAGCAGAUCUAGGUUGUCAGUAAUUUGAGAGGCGUGUUUUAAGUGUAUCACUACAUAAAAUGUUGUCACUUACAGAAAUGAUUGUCCGGUAUAUUUUUAUUGAAAGAAGUUUGAUCGUUUUUCACUGCCAAGAAUGGUUCAAAGAAAGGGACUGGUUCAAUCUCCUAAUUAAGUUAAAAGUUGAGGAUUUAGUAUAACAUGUAAUCACACCUCUAACUAGCCCAAUAUGGAAAUAAUUGGAUGAAAAAACUCCAGGGACUAACAGAAUAAGACAAGGCCACAGGCUGAGUCUAUUUUAGCAGUCGGGAAUUUUUUUGUAAUUCUAUUUUCCCAAAUUGGACUAGAAUUUAAUUGUAUUACCUAAUAAUAAUUUAUUGUUAUUUUGGGCUGAUGAUAUAAAUACCUGUGUUAUUGGCAAUUGCUGGAAUAACUUAUUGAAUUCAGGUUUGUUAAUAAUUUAUUAUUUAUAAUUGUACACUAACCAAUAGUAUUGUUUGAACCUUUUUCAGUUGGGCAUGAAAUUUACCAGUGAAGAUUGUUAUUAGAAGUUUUAUAUCAAUGGUAAUUUUCCAUGUAUGGAAAAUUUGACACCAAGAGUAGAAGUGAACAUUUAAAAGUUGCAUUCAACAAUUUUCCAUGUUUUUUUUUUUUGCGCUGUCAUGUAAGCAAACAUUGUUAAAGUUCAUUCAUGUAAUUUUUGAAGACAUUUCUUUUGACUUCCUUACUGUUAAAUUCUUUGCCUCAGUUGAGUUUUAGUUCAAUUUUUUUCAUCCUAAUUUAUGGUUAAAAUUAAUAAUCCUGAAAAAUUAGCAGAAGUGCGUGCUUCAUUAAGAGUGCUUAUGAACAUCUAGAUCAUGUUUUAUUUACUGUUCUUUUUUGAAGUUUUAAUUCUUACAACAUUGGAAUCAUGAGUCACAAGAUAACUUUUAUCUUUAUAGGUGGAGAAGAACAAUAAAGGUGUUAGAAUUGGUA